CAGCGUUUAUAUUGAGUGCCAUAAAACUGAAGAUAGGAGAGAUUGUUCGUCUACAUUGCCAAGAAGAGGAAUAUCAUAGUCCUCAAAAAAUCAGAACAUUGUACGCGCAGGCGCUUUACGACGUUAUAAAUGCCAAGCUCAGUAUAUCAACGCCAAUGAACAUGAACCAAAUCGAGAACGAGACAUACAAGCAUGCUGGUCAAUCAUUUUCACCGUCGGUCAUGCUUCCUACU